GAUCCACUCUGCUGCGUCCACUGCUGCCUCGCUCUCUUCUCGCGGUUGCUCGCCCCCUUCUCCAAUCCAUCUAGAAGCGCAACUUCUCACCCAAUUCCGUCGAUUUCGCCUUUGUUGGAUUGGGUUCUUCUCCCGGAUCAGCAAAGAAAGCCCCCGCGUGUUGAUGAAAUCUUUGGAUUCCGUUACCAUUCGCCGCGGCCAUGGCUACAGUUUGGAGCGGCUGCAGCACGAGCUGCGGCUCCUUCGGCCAAGAACUGCCCCCGCGCGGGAAACGGGGCGGUGGUGAUGGCACGAGGUUCCGUCCGCGAAGCGGAGGCCAGAGAAGAGUUGACGCUCGCCAGAUACAGGCUUCAAGCCCCGCCAUGGUUACGGCCGGAGCUUGCAUCUGUAGGGCGUCUCCUUGCGUUCUUGAGUCCGAGGUCGCCGGCAAGGAGGACGCUGGCGUUGCGGUUUGGGGCCUGGAUGGUGAUCCACGUGGUGCUGAUGGCCAUGAUGGUGGCAAGAGGCGCGGGCUGCGUCGGCGUCCGGUGAGGCCGCCGACCGUUGUGGACAAGGGCGGGGUGGGCGCGGGAAAUGCUCCGCCGGCGAUGGCGGCAGAGCUGGACAGGAAAUCUGAGCAUCGUGGGUCGAGGCUGCACUUCUUGGAGGAGAGGGAUGAAGAGACGCUGUCGAGAAGGUUGAUAAAGCUCAGCCAAUCCAACAAGGUCAGGAGUGCCACUGAGCUGUUCGACUCAAUGCGCGCGUCUGGGCUGCAGCCAAGCGCGCAUGCCUGCAACUCCCUCUUAUCUUGCUAUGUGCGUAAAAGUUCGUUGGCUGAUGUGCUGAGGAUGUUUGAGUUCAUGAAGGGGAAACGAAUGGCAACAGGGCACACAUAUACCUUGAUUCUUAAGGCUGUUGCAAGCAAUGAGGGUUAUGCUUCUGCAUUGAAAAUGUUCAAUGAGAUUGAGGAACAGGAAGAUUCAAAGAAAAUCGUCGACGUGAUCGUUUAUAAUACAAUGAUAUCUGUAUGUGGAAGAGCAAAAGACUGGAUGCUUGUGGAGAGACUAUGGAGAAGGCUAAAGGAAAGUUCUUUGAAUGGAACUUUACUGACCUACGAUUUGUUAGUCAGCAUAUUUGUGCAAUGUGGGCAGGCUGAGUUAGCUAUUGCCUCUUAUCAGGAAAUGCUCCAGAAUGGACUUGAUCCGAGUAAAGAUAUAAUGAAGGCUAUCAUUGCAUCCUGCACCAAAGAGGGCAAGUGGGAGUUUGCCCUGGCCACGUUUAGCAGAAUGCUCAGUGCUGGAAUGGAGCCAAAUAUCAUUCUGUUCAAUUCAAUGAUCAAUGCACUCGGGAAGGCUGGUCAAGAUGAACUUGCAUUCAGGAUGUACCAUCUAUUAACAUCUUCAGGCCUUAAGCCUGAUCAAUAUACAUGGAGUGCAUUACUGUCAGCAUUAUAUAAGUCUGGGCGAUAUUGGGAUGUCCUGGAGCUUUUCCAAGGAAUUAAAACCAAUCAUCCGAUGCUCUUAAAUGAUCAUCUCUACAACAUUGCUUUGAUGUCCUGUGAAAGGCUUGGUCAAUGGGAACAUGGUUUGCAGUUGUUAUGGAUGAUGGAAAAAAGUGGACUCAAAAUAUCAGUGGUAUCUUACAAUCAUGUGAUAGGUGCUUGUGAGGUUGCUAGCGAGCCAAGAGUUGCUCUUAAAGUGUACCAGCGCAUGAUUAACCAAAGGUGUUCACCAGACACAUUCACACAUUUAUCUGUUAUACGAGCUUGCAUCUGGGGAUCUCUUUGGAAUGAAGUAGAGGAUAUAUUAGAGGAGGUCGCUCCAGAUUCUUCAAUCUACAACGCCGUCAUCCACGGGCUGUGUCUGCGAGGCAAGAUCGUGCUAGCCAACAAGGUGUACACGAAGAUGCGGAGCAUGGGGCUCAUACCAGACGGCAAGACGAGGGCGUUCAUGCUUCAGCACAUUGCAACGGAGUAACGGACUAGACUAAGACUAGACUGCACUCCUGAAGAAGGAAGAUCAGCGGUUUCGUAGCUGCGCAGUUCCGCAAGAACGAGUGCGUGUGCAGACAGGAUCAGGUGCCUCCCUUCGUACAGAGCCGAAUGGUUGCGCUGCCUGGAUAGUACAUGAAACUUGUCUGUAAAGAGAAUGUAUUGGUACCACGACAAGAAACGGACGCGCUAAUCGGCCAAAGAAAAUGUUUUAAUCUGCCUAGGCCUUUCCGGAGUUCGUUGUGGGCCGCACGGUUCA